AUGGCUGAGUCUUUCGUUGACCAUUCAGGUGCAGGGUGGCGGCGAAAGCUUCAUGAUUCUUGUAUGAAAGCGCUGACGCUCUCGCAAGCACAGGAUACGUAUCUGCGCAAACUAUUCCUGAAAUGGGACCGCCGUGGCUUCGGUUUUCUCGACGGUGAGAGUGCUCGUCGGCUGUUCCGCACUUCGAGACUACCAGAUGAUGCGUUGUUUGACAUUUGGAGCGUCGCUGAUGUAGAAGGUCGUGGCGCGAUUGAUUACAGGGAGUUUUGCAUCUGCUGCCUACUUAUUGCAUAUGCCCAAAGGCAUACCGAACUCAUAAGCGACCCUGAUUGGCUGUUGGAUCGAGAUUUGCUGAAUCGUCUGGUAACGGGUGGCUCUUUAUCUGAUUGCUUACCAUAUUUCGAUAAUGCAGCUUUAGAUAUCCGUGAAAGAGGGGAUAUGCCUGUAAUGACGGCAGAUGAGGCAUCUAGAUACGAGAAGUUGUUUCUAGCACUGGACCGUGACGGUGAUGGAUAUUUAGAGGGCGGUGAUGUCAGGGAGUACUACCUCAUGCGCAACGAACUGGAGGACUCAGAUUUAGUGAGGAUAUGGGAAAUAGCAGAUUCCGACAUGGAUGGUCGAUUGAGUAUUAAAGAGUUUAUGGUAAUGGAACACCUCGUCCAGUACACUAUCUCCAAGUCAGGGCCCUCACCCCGAGCCGUACCCCUUGGGAUGAGGCGGGGGAGUAUGUAUGCGAAACGGCAAUAUGAUAACAACGAGCGUGUCACCUUUCCUCGUGCAACAAGAGAGAGCAGUCGUAUUGUGACUCGUUCGUUGCGCGAGCCUACAGACAUGCCAGCGGACCUCGGCAGCACCGUUGCUUCGGCGGGUGACGCUUUCAACAACAAGCGCGGUGAAUCUAACCAUUUACAUACAUUGGAAACUGGUGUGGGUGAGCCUGAUCUGAAUCUCUCCAAUAAAACAGGCUCCCAAAAGGAUGAUGGCACUACGGGUGUAGCAGGGCCCAAGGCUGGGAGUUACAAUGUGAGAAGCCAUAUAGAGUCGCUAAAGCAGCAUGCUAGUGAUUUGGAAGGUGAUCUGGCGAAGAAGCAAGCGGAAAACCUUCACUUCAUGGCGAUGUACAAUACGAGCGAAAAUCGCAUUGAACAGCUCCACGCACUACAUAAAAUCUACAGCGCUGAGGUGGAAGCUGAACAGGCCUGUCUGCGCAAUGAAGAGCGUGAGCUCAACGAGUUGCAUGACCGUAUCAAAAACUUGCGCCGAGAGAAGCUGAAGCUUGAAAGUGAACACCAGGCACUGAGAGAUGCGCUUAUGCACACGGAAGAUGCUGAGCAGACGAUGCUGCGUUCGCUAAGGAACGAACAAGGAAAGGUGGCAUCAAUCCGUGGAGAACGAAUCCAGACUCUCCGGAAGACCGUUGACUUGCUUGAAUCAAUAAAUCCUUCAAUUCACGAUACAGGGGAGAAGAAACCACCAUUGCGUGCAAUCAAUGACCGUAACCUUGUACGCGAUGCAAAGGGGAUUCGCGUGGCAGGCGCAGACAGCGUCAUGGAGCGUCGUUUGAACCCGCGUACGGCAUCUCAUCACCAUAGCGAGUGGUCUCAAAAAGAUGGCGCUGCGUUCCCAGGAUAG